UUUUGGUUUUUUUUGCCCUUUGAAAUCGCAAGUCCAAAAAUUCCAUUCUGGAUUGGCUAGGAUACUGUAAGUCUAUUUCAGUAAUUGAAAUGAAGGCUGUAUCUUGUUAAAGGUAACAGUAAAUUCGAGUUCCCAGAUAGUGGCCGCUCUAUUCUGAGUAAAUCAAACAGAAAACUUCCCUCUCUGUGAUAACAGUUAGCUUGUUGACAUCAGCCCACUCUGCAUAAGUGUGUGUGUGUGUGUGUGUGUGUGUGUGUGUGUGUGUGUGUGUACACGUAACUCAUUCUUUGGAAUUCUCCCAUGGAAAAGCAAAGGAAGGAAGCUGAGGGGAGGAUGGGGCGAUUGCAUCCUGUGCCCUUUGCAGGGGUGUGGCCGCAACUGCCUCAGCCACAGGGACACUGAUAUGUGAUGUUUUUUCACUUAGGAUGCCUGAGCAGUGAUAAGUCUUGAUGAAAGGCGGGAGUGGUUCUCAGCUGUUCUUAGCUGGACAGGGGCCCCUUGGUGGAGGCCUGCUUGAGUCCCAGUCAGUGCUUCAUUUCUGGAACUUUGGGGGAAGAGGAAGGGCAGCAGGAGCAUCUGGAGUGGCCCCCAAAUGCUCUCCCAGCCGCACUAGGACUCCAGACCACAGAUCCUCUUUGACUUCGGUUCUGGCCACUUCUAUGAAUGAGAUUGCCAAGUGGGCAGGCCAGGUACAUGAUUUUUAAGGAGAGUGAAACAUUUCUUCAUGCUGCCUCCUCAAUCUGAUGUGAAAUGAUGGAUUCAACCCUGGCAAAGGCAGAGAGGAACUCGCUGGGAUUUUAUGAGAUGAGAAUUCUCCAGCCAACUUCUGGGAUUCUAAAAACAGGGGUGUGACUGGAACACAAAAAGGACAAAUUGUAUGGAGAAUUGAGCCUGGGCCCUAUUUCAUGGAGCCGGAGAUAAAAAUCUGUUUCAAAUACUACCACGGCAUUAGUGGAGCCCUGCGAGCCACGACCCCCUGCAUCACGGUGAAGAACCCUGCUGUGAUGAUGGGGGCAGAAGGCAUGGAAGGAGGUGCUGCAGGCAGUCAGCAUUCUCGGAAACUCGUUAGCUUUACGUUGUCAGAUCUUAGGGCAGUUGGGCUAAAGAAAGGGAUGUUCUUCAAUCCUGACCCUUAUCUGAAGAUGUCCAUUCAGCCAGGGAAGAAGAGCAGUUUCCCCACCUGUGCCCACCAUGGGCAGGAGAGGAGGUCUACCAUCAUCAGUAACACCACUAAUCCAAUCUGGCACCGAGAGAAAUACUCCUUUUUUGCACUCCUUACUGAUGUCUUAGAAAUUGAAAUUAAAGACAAAUUUGCCAAGAGCCGUCCUAUCAUCAAGCGUUUUCUGGGGAAACUAACCAUCCCAGUCCAGAGGCUGUUGGAGCGACAAGCCAUCGGUGAUCAGAUGCUCAGCUACAACCUUGGCAGAAGGCUCCCAGCUGACCACGUGAGUGGGUACCUCCAGUUCAGAGUGGAGGUCACGUCUUCUGUGCAUGAAGAUGCUUCUCCAGAAGCAGUUGGCACAAUACUUGGAGUCAAUACUGUGAAUGGAGACCUAGGAAGCCCUUCUGAUGAGGAGGACAUGCCAGGGGGCCACCACGACAGCCCGGUUUGUUCUAAUGGACCAGUUUCUGAGGAAAGUGCUGAUGGGACCCCCAAGCAUUCUUUCAGGACUAGCUCUACUCUGGAAAUAGACACGGAAGAUUUAACCUCUACUUCUUCAAGGACCUCACCUCCCAGAGGACGUCAGGAUUCCCUCAACGAUUAUUUAGAUGCUAUUGAACACAAUGGCCAUUCCAGGUCAGGUGCAGCUACCUGCUCAGAGAGGUCCAUGGGAGCCUCUCCAAAACUAAGGAGUAGUUUUCCCACCGACACGAGACUCAAUGCCAUGCUUCAUAUUGAUUCAGAUGAGGAAGACCACGAGUUCCAGCAGGACCUGGGUUAUCCAUCUUCCUUGGAGGAGGAAGGAGGGUUGAUAAUGUUUAGCAGGGCAUCAAGAACUGAUGACGGGAGCCUCACAUCUCAGACAAAGCCGGAAGACAUCCCAGUGGAGACUGAGGAAGCCUCUAUCCACGAACCUGCUUCCUUUGAGGAUAAGCCAGAACAUCUUCCGGAGCUUACAGAGAGCUCCUUACCCUCAGGCCCCAUGCCAGAUGAAAGUGAAAAUGGCCUGGAGUCUCAACCAGGUGCCGACCAGGGCAGCACUGAAUUGUGUGGCUCUCAGGAGGUCGAUCAGCCUACGAGUGGGGCAGACACGGGCACUUCUGACACGUCGGGAGGAAGCAGAAGAGCCAUCAGUGAGACAGAGUCCCUUGAUCAGGGGUCCGAGCCUUCCCAGGUGUCCUCUGAAACAGAACCCAGUGACCCUGCCAGGACAGAGAGCGUGAGUGAGGCCAGCACCAGGCCUGAGGGAGAGAGUGACCUGGAAGGGGCCGACAGCUCCUGCAAUGAGAGUGUCACCACGCAGCUGUCCUCGGUGGAGACACGGUGCUCAUCUCUUGAGAGUGCACGGUUUCCCGAAACCCCAGCCUUUUCUUCUCAGGAGGAGGAAGAUGGAGCCUGUGCAGCAGAGCCCACCAGCAGUGGCCCUGCCGAGGGGUCACAGGAUUCCAUAUGCACUCCUGGGUCCUUACCUGUGGUGCAGGUGCCCAGUGGAGAGGAGGAAGGGCCAGGGGCAGAAUCGGCCACCUUACCUGACCAGGAGGAGGUGGGGGAGGUCUGGCAGCGGAGGGGGAGCCUGGAGGGAGCUGCUGCUGCUGCUGCUGCUGCUGAGAGCCAGCCCCAAGAAGAGGGUGAUGCUGGGGAAGCCCAAGGGGCUUGUGAAGGGGCCACUGCCCAGGAGGAGGGUGCUACUGGAGGUUCUCAAGCCAACGGCCACCAGCCACUGCGAUCUCUGCCUUCAGUGCGCCAAGAUGUUAGCCGGUACCAGAGGGUGGACGAGGCUCUCCCACCAAACUGGGAGGCCCGCAUUGACAGCCACGGCAGGAUCUUCUACGUGGAUCACGUGAACAGAACCACGACGUGGCAGCGGCCCACCGCUCCCCCCGCCCCGCAGGUGCUGCAGAGGUCCAACUCCAUACAGCAGAUGGAGCAGCUGAACCGGCGAUACCAGAGUAUCCGCAGAACCAUGACUAACGAGAGGCCCGAGGAAAAUAGCAGUGCUCUUGAUGGGGCAGGAGAGGAGGCCGACUUUCACCAAGCCAGUGCAGAUUUCCGACGGGAGAGCGUCCUGCCCCACUCUACCUCCAGAUCCAGGCUCACGUUGCUGUUACAGUCGCCCCCUGUGAAGUUCCUCAUCAGCCCAGAGUUCUUCACCGUGCUGCAUUCGAACCCUAGUGCCUACCGCAUGUUUACAAACAACACGUGUUUGAAGCACAUGAUCACCAAAGUCCGGCGGGACACCCACCACUUUGAACGCUACCAGCAUAACCGGGACCUUGUGGGAUUCCUCAACAUGUUUGCAAACAAACAACUGGAGCUGCCGAGGGGCUGGGAAAUGAAACACGAUCAUCAGGGCAAGGCAUUUUUUGUUGACCACAACUCCCGGACCACCACUUUCAUUGACCCCCGGCUCCCACUCCAGAGCAGCAGACCCACGAGUGCGCUGGUGCAUCGACAGCAUCUGACGAGGCAGCGCAGCCACAGUGCAGGCGAGGUGGGAGAAGAUUCUCGACAUGCCGGACCACCAGUUCUUCCCAGGCCGUCGAGUACGUUCAACACAGUCAGCAGGCCGCAGUACCAGGACAUGGUUCCAGUGGCUUACAAUGACAAGAUUGUUGCAUUUCUUCGCCAACCCAACAUCUUUGAAAUUCUACAGGAGCGUCAACCUGAUCUUACCAGGAAUCACUCACUCAGGGAGAAGAUCCAAUUUAUCCGAACUGAAGGGACCCCAGGAUUGGUGCGUCUUUCAAGUGAUGCAGACCUUGUUAUGUUGCUAAGUUUAUUUGAAGAAGAGAUAAUGUCAUACGUGCCUCCACAUGCCUUACUCCAUCCCAGCUACUGUCAGUCCCCACGUGGCUCCCCUGUGUCCUCUCCCCAGAACUCGCCAGGUACUCAGCGUGCCAACGCCCGGGCUCCCGCCCCUUACAAGCGAGACUUUGAAGCCAAACUGAGGAAUUUUUACAGGAAGUUAGAGACUAAAGGAUAUGGACAAGGCCCAGGGAAAUUAAAGUUAAUUAUCAGAAGAGAUCACUUGCUCGAAGAUGCUUUUAAUCAGAUUAUGGGCUAUUCCAGAAAAGACCUGCAGAGAAAUAAGCUGUACGUCACAUUUGUCGGGGAGGAAGGGCUGGAUUACAGUGGACCUUCCAGAGAGUUUUUCUUCCUGGUAUCCAGAGAGCUCUUUAACCCAUAUUACGGCUUAUUUGAAUAUUCAGCCAAUGACACAUACACAGUACAAAUAAGUCCCAUGUCUGCUUUUGUAGACAAUCACCAUGAAUGGUUCCGGUUCAGUGGUAGGAUCCUUGGUCUUGCGCUGAUUCACCAGUAUUUGUUGGAUGCCUUCUUCACGCGGCCCUUCUAUAAGGCUCUUCUCAGAAUUCUGUGUGACCUGAGUGAUCUAGAAUACCUUGAUGAGGAGUUCCACCAGAGCCUGCAGUGGAUGAAAGACAAUGAUAUCCAUGACAUUCUGGACCUCACGUUCACAGUGAACGAAGAAGUUUUCGGGCAGAUAACUGAACGAGAAUUAAAACCAGGGGGUGCCAACAUCCCAGUCACAGAGAAGAACAAGAAGGAGUACAUCGAGAGGAUGGUGAAAUGGAGGAUUGAGCGGGGUGUUGUGCAGCAAACGGAGAGCUUAGUGCGUGGCUUCUACGAGGUGGUGGAUGCCAGGCUAGUAUCUGUUUUUGAUGCAAGAGAACUGGAACUGGUCAUCGCAGGCACAGCUGAAAUAGACCUAAGUGAUUGGAGAAACAACACAGAAUACAGAGGAGGUUAUCAUGACAAUCAUAUUGUAAUUCGGUGGUUCUGGGCUGCAGUGGAGAGAUUCAACAAUGAACAACGAUUAAGGUUGUUACAGUUUGUCACAGGCACAUCCAGCAUUCCCUAUGAAGGAUUUGCUUCUCUCCGAGGGAGUAAUGGCCCAAGAAGAUUCUGCGUGGAGAAAUGGGGGAAAAUCACCGCUCUUCCCAGAGCUCACACUUGUUUUAACCGUCUGGAUCUCCCUCCAUACCCAUCCUUCUCCAUGCUUUAUGAAAAACUUUUGACAGCAGUUGAGGAGACCAGUACCUUUGGACUUGAGUGACCUGGAAGCACAAUGCCCAGCUCCUUGCAAUUCCAGACAAUUCUGGACAGGCAAUUCCAGAAGCUGCCCUCUAGAAGAAUGGCCGAACAUUGGAAGUUUCAAGAGUAUGCUUCUAUUAGAGCAAAGCUGAGUGCUGUUAUUUUCCAGGCAUACAUGCUCUGUCGCAUUUAGGGACUGAAUAGUGAUGAUGAGUCCUCUUGGAAGGAUUUGAGUGAGCUUGAUGCCCAGGGAACAACCCAACAGUCUUUCAAUCAACAGUUCUUGACUGCCAAACUCUUUUCCAUUUGUUAUGUUCCAAGACAAAGAUGAACCUUCACAUGAUCAGCUCCAUGGUAACUUUCAGAGACUCAGGAGAACCUUGAAACUUACCUUUGAACAUGGUUCAAGCCAAACUGGCAGCACUUGGCCCAAUUUCCUAAUUAGUGCAGUUUAAAUAAUGUAAUAAAAACAAAUAUAUUUCCUGAAAGUACAUUCAUUUAAGCCCUAAGUUAUAACAGAAUAUUCAUUUUCUUGCUUAUGAGUGCCUGCAUGGUGUGCACCAUAGGUUUCAGCUUCCAUGGAACACAAGUGAAAAUGAAACCAAGUUAAUAUGAGGUAACUUUAAAGAUUUGCAAUAAGGUGGUCUGUGACAAUGUAUAUGCAAAGUGGUAUGUGUGUAAUUAUGGCUGAAGACAAACUGUUAUACAAUGAAUUACUAAUGACAGAUUUUAUGCUUUAUAAUGCAUGAAAACAAUUUAAAAAUAACUAGCAAUUAAUCACAGCAUAUCAGGAAAAUGUACACAGUGAGUUCUGUUUAUUUUUUAUAGGUUCGUUAUAUUUAUGUUCUCGAAGAUGUAUAUAAGAACCUAUCUAUCAUACUCUACAUAUCAUCCGUUCCAUUUUCAUGUUCCAUGCUUACUCAGGCAUCACGCUAGUACGUAUCCUUUUAAGCACUCUCAAGGGAACAAAAGGGCCUUUUAUUUUUAUAAAGGUACAAAAAAAUUCCCCGAAAUAUUUUGCACUGAAUGUACCAAAGUUGAAGGGAUAUUACAAUAUGACUAAUAGCAACUCCAUCACUUGAUAAGUAUAAUAGAAAGUAGCUUCUAAAUCAAAACUUCCUUCACAGUGCCAUGUCUACCACUACAAGGACUGUGCAUCUAAGUAAUAAUUUUUUAAGACUCACUAUAUGUGAUAGUGUGAUAUGCAUUUAUUUAAAAUGCAUUAGACUCUUCCAUCCAUCAAAUACUUUACAGGAUGGCAUUUAAUACAGAUAUUUCGUAUUUCCCCCACUACUUUUUAUUUGUACAGCAUCAUUAAACACUAAGCUCAGUUAGGGAGCCAUCGGCAACACCCAAGAGAUCAGCUCUCUUUAGUAAUGAGAAUUCCAUUUUCCCUCAUCAGUGAAGACAUCACAAAUUGAAAUUCUCAGUACUCUAUUUCUAAGCCUGCAUUUUCACUGAUGCAUAAUUUUCUUAUCAAUAUUAAGAAAAAUUUUUCUAUGAUAGCUCAGAAACUGCAUGACAUCACUAAUGUUAUUGCUGCUUAGUUUAUCAGAGGAUGUUCUUCAUUUUUAUUGCUUUGGGGUUAUUCCACAACAUUGUUUAUUAUUUCUUAAUGUAUGGCCAUAACUAAUCAGGUGUAUAACAGAGUGAAGUUAAAGUGUGGGUAAUACAACCAUUGGCUCAAACAUUGUUUGCCAGCCUGUGGUAUUGCAGGCAUUGCCCAAACGCUUCUUUGAGAACUGUAUUUAUGAGUAGCCAUGGAAUUCCUAUUAUGGGGUGUUGGCAAUCUUACACUUUGUAGAGGUCAAGUGCAUGGUUUUCCUAGGUGGUUUGUCAGAACAGAGUGCUCUGUUGGUUAAGCUGCAUUUCCUGUUGGGGUCCUCAAGAGCAAUAGCACUCACGUUGCAUUCCUGCACUAAAGGCAGGUACUGCAGUGUGGGGAAAUGUUCUGGGAAAAAGGUUACAGAAAUCUGGGAAUAAGGAAAGAUUUAUCUGUGUACUAUAAUUGUAUCAGAAAGAAAGGAAAGAGAAAAAAAUUUUAACUGGAAAUGUUAGUUUGUACUUACUUAUCAUGAAUAUAAGUAUAUAUUUAAUUUCGCAAACUAUUUUUACUUGUUUGUAUUUUUUUCAUUAUAAGGAAAACUCAUAUAGCAUACUUAAAAAAAAGAAAAACCACGCAUUUUUGAUGGUAUGUAAGAUGUUUCCGAGCUGGCAGCUGAAACAGAAGAUUGAACUCUCUAAGCAGCUGAUAGAACUUUCAUAGACCAUGUUAGCUUUCCUUUGGGUUUGAGACACAUUGUUACCAUAGUCCACAUUAUUUAGGUAAAAGAGAUUUAAAAUAAAAUCUCUUUGGUUACUUUUAACAAAAUAUUUCUUUGUCAAGGUAUCCAGCUUUUUCCCAAAUACCAGUACAAUUAUUUAGUUGCUGCCGUUCUCAGAACUGGAAAUUAUCCACGAUGUACUUAUCACUUCAGAACACCAUGAUAACAUCUAUUAGUCUUCAUUAGUAAAACAAAAGAGUCCAAUCAUAACUAUUUAAAAUAUUAAAUAACAUUUCCACAGAAUAAAUUAGACUUUAAUAUACUCUACCAAUAGAAAUACCCGUAAAUAUUUUCUUCUGGACUGUGAACCUAAAUAACAUGGCUGCCUUUAAGAAACUCAUAAGUAAUGCUUAUACUCUACUAAUUUAUGCUAUAAAAGAGGUAAGGAUACAUCAAAUAUGUAUGCAGAAGGUCUCUUAGGUGAGAAAAGAGGCCACUAUUGACAUUUAUUCUGUGCCAGCCACUGUGUUUGAUGAUGGAGCUAUGAGAUUUAAAAUCUGCCCUCAAGAAGCUCACUGUCUACUAGUGGAGUAGAGACCAAGAUUCAAAAAAAAAAGUGUUUUAAAUAAAAUCUGGUAUGUUCUACAGUCAAGGGAUGAGGAGAGAUUGUCUUGUUCCAUCUGGGAGUUCCAAUGGAGGCUUCAUUCAUGGGAGAUACUGUGGCUAAAAAAAAAAAAAAAAAAGUCAUAUAAAUGCUCUUUCCAUUGGUAACUAAUGUCGUGUAAUAGUGUGUUGAUGCUGGUCAAGGGUGCCAGCCCACAGUGCUUGUACACACAUGGUUUAACGUGUGCAGGUGGGAAGCUGAAUGGUGAAGGACCAACUCAUGGAUCUUCAAAUUAUCCCCAAAAUGCCAAAAUUAAGUUCAGUCGUUUCCCUCUGUUUCCUUUCAUCUGCACUACAACAGAUCUUUGGUUUCCAGCAUGAAAAAUCCCAGUCCUUGAGUCCAGUCCACCUCAGAGGUCAAACUGUUUUUCUGGUACACACAAUGAAUGGAUCUUUGUCAAAGAAGUGCCGUCAAAAUUUUCUAGCAUGUGUUGUGUUUAUAGUUAAGUAGAAAUUCUGUAAAAAAAAAAUGAAGGAAAAUUUGUUUCGGUUGCAUAACAAUCAGACAUUUAGAAAACUGCAUUCAAAUGAUGAACGGUAAUGGCAGACCAUUUGAACAGCACAUUAUAGUGUCUAAGCGCUUUCAGGGGCUUAGUCUCUCUUGCUCUUGACACACUCUGGGGGGUAGAAGUUAUCAAGUCCCAUCUGGGUUGAGGCUGAUUUUCAUGGGUGGCUUGUGAGAUCAGUUUCAGUACUUUAUGGUUACAGUUCUAGGUUUCAUCUCGAGAAAUGUGGAGCCUGAUGCUUUUACCAGCUUAUUCCAAUUUCAGUGAAGUUUGCAAACUGCUUCAUCUACCCAAACUCUCAUUUUUUCAAACAAAUACUCUUAAUAUGUGACACCUUCUGAAAAGCUGAAAAGUCCACCAAGAAUUUAGCAUAUUCAUGGCAAAUUCCCCACACUCUUCAUGUUUCCCUUUUACUACUUGUUAUGAGAAGUUCAAAACAAAAUGCAAAAUUUGAUUGCUUUUAGUGGAAUUAUAUAGUAAAUUUAGUUUUCUCAAAUAUUAUUUGGAAGCAAGAUAAACUUGAUUUGAUUUGAUUUCUUUGUAGAGCAUAGUCCUGGCCCUAGUAUAGAGGCACUAAUUACACAAAGAGAUGGGCAUAAAACAGGGUAGCCAAUACAAUCUUUUUUUUAGAGCCAUUUUUUAAAUUGAAGUAUGUAGUUAAUUUACAAUAUUGUGUUAGUUUCCGGUAUAUAGCAAAGUGAUUCGGUUAUAUGUAUUUAUUUUUUCCAUUUAGGUUAUUUCAAGAUAUUGAAUACAGUUUCCUGUGUUACACAGUAGGCCCUCAUUUAAUCUUCAUUAAGGAUGGAUCUAGAAAACCCUGAUAACUGAGUUCCAGUGAUGUGGAUGCAGGAACCACUGCAGGUUCUCUUUUCCUCUCUGUCCUCAUAUUCAUCCCAUCUUUUUUCUUUCUUUUUGUGAAAUUUGUGUUCAUGACCACUUCUAACUAAAGCAAAGUCGGAGUCUAAAAGUCUCUCCAAUCCAACCCAAUUCUGGAAAUUCCCAUUGCAGAUGAAACGAUGCUAUACCAUCAUUACAAAAUACCUAUCACCCUCCAUGGUAAAUAACGGAAAUAAAGAACAUGGCCUAAUCCUCACACUGAAUCUGACUUUCAGGCCCUUUUGUGCUCUUUUACCUGCUUCCGAUUUAAUUGCUGAUCACAAACAUUCUAGGUCUUAAGACACUUUCCUCCUACAAAAUUUGAGCGUAAAUUAAUGAGAAUGUCACUUUCAGUUGGAUUCUAAUUUUGCAAUACCUGUUACUUUUCUAGGUCGAUUGUGUUUUCUAGAUAGAUUUGCUUGUCCAAUAUGGAAACAAAGCAGUGUCAGAGACAUCAAGCAUUCUAAGUUGUGGCUUAAGGCCACCCACUUGCUACCCACUAGAAGGAAGAUAGAAACAAAAAUCAGGAAAGAGGAGCUCAGCAGUGGUGCCCCCUCCUUCCUCCCUCCACCCCUGCCAAGAAGGUAAUGCUGGUUAUCAACUAACUGUCAAGAUUCAGGAGUGGUAACUGCUUUCCAAGGAACUGGCACAAACGAUACACUGAAUGUGUGUGCUACCCAUAACGGAGCAGUCUACGGGACUGUAGCGGAGGGAAAGUUAAAACAACAGUGGAAGAAUCAUUUUAGGGCUUGCAGGUGGGAGGAGGAACAUACACUUCAGUUUGGUUUUGGACGUUGAGAAAAAGAAUACCAUGCUGCCUAAUGAGAGCACUAUUUCUUAAUCUACCUGGUAGGAAGUACCCUCAUUUUGUAACUUCAGUAGGUUGAUAGUAUUUUCUGUGUUGCAAAACAGAAGUUAACUCCAAAGUAUUACGUUACCAUUAUUGAACUUUGUAUGGGAAAAAAGAGCGAGGGUGUUGCUUGAUCCAUUUAUUUUGCUUCGUUUGUUUUCUAGCCAUCAUUUUUUUGACAUUAGAAUUGCUUUUGAGACAUUUUUCAUGGUUUCUAAUGGUAACUUCAAUGUUCCCUGUUCAUCUAGAAAGCAAAAACCUAGGAAUUAGGUUACUGAGUUGCAAAUGGAGACCUAAUCAGUGUUUCCGGUUUUUUAUAAAAUUAAUCAAGACUGAAAAUACAUUUGCUUAGAUUUACUCUGUAAGGUAGUUUAUUUGGCUUUCAUAAUCGAACAGUUCAACUGAAUUGGAAAGCCCUAGUUGUAUGGUUUCUGGGGAACACAGGAAAAUUAAAUUUAUGUAUGUAAUUUUUACAUCUAGUUUUCUUUUAAGAUAUUACAACCCUGAGGAGUGUUGAUAGGUAUGGUGUAUGAUUCAAACUGAAUCAGCUAUUACUGAUGAAGGUAAGGAACCAUUAGUAAACCUCUGGUUAUGAUCACCUUCUAUUAAAAAAUGGAUGGAUAAUCUUCAAGAAAUAUGUUGAAAGGACUAACCAGGAAAUACCCCAAACUGAAUGUUCUUUUUAGGACCCUACUGCUCUAAAAGAUAUUAUUACAACGUGUUUUUCUUUAUGAUAGCGUAGGAAACUUUGAGGCUGUUAAUGUUGGAAAGUACACAAGGUUACAUGUUUUUAUAAUAGGGAUGCAGGCAUUCCAAAAUAAAUCAAUAAAAAUACAUGCAUCUCUCUUGCCUCUUACUGAAAGUAUUAAUCUAAUUUUGUAAUAAUGCUUACUUUUUAAUAUUAAGGCUCUGUAAAAAAACAUUUAUUUCUAAGAUUUCAGUAGAGCACAAGUGGUGUAUUUUUUUAAGCCUUCAAAUUUCUUUUCACCAACUCCACCCACUGUGUCUACUACAUCAUGUCACAAUUAAUAGCUAUGUUUCUAUUUUUGUUAAGUUGAUUUAAGCUUCCUAUUUAUUCAAUGUGACUUUUAAUAGAGAAUAAAAUGGGAAGUAUUUGCUAUUGAUAUUAAAACUAUACAGCUCUCAUUUCACCUUAUAUUUAAAUAUUUUCUUCUUUUUUUUUCCCAUGCAAAUAAUGCAGACUGUUAGACAACCUAGAAAUGAUUUGUGGGUGGUAUUAAAUGGAGCCUGGGACUCUGAAAUGUAGACUCAUUGUUUGUUUUCUGGAAAGUCUGUACGCUUAUCCUCACCUGAACCCCUGACUUUUGUGUUGUAUUUUUUUAUGAUUCUGAAAUGCUUUGAGGGAAAGAUAUUUUAAUGUGUACAGUUCGUUUUAUUUUCAUACUGAUCUCUAUUUUUGUUUAAAACCAUGUUGCAUCAUGAAAUCACUUAAUCCAAAAUAAAUCUUCUUUAAAAAAAUA